GUCAAUAUUGUCACAAGGUGAAAGAAGUUGAAAGGACACGUUUACAAUAUAUACCCAAUAGACGUUUAGUAACCAAAUCAAGUUUAUAUGGUGUGAAACAUAAAUAUGAAACGACUUAUAUGACAAAGAUACAGAAUUAUCAUGACUACGAGCGGGUCAGUGUUUGUUGUGAUGGUUACACCAAAAUUAGUGAUAGCAAAUGUGAACCGAUUUGCCGUCCUUCGUGUCCCACAAAUACCCAUUGUAUACGACCAAAUAUCUGUGAAUGUGAUGUGAACUAUAGAGGUUACACUGCUAGUGCUAUUGCUAUACAAUGUGAACCGAUUUGUUUGCCAAAAUGUCCGAAAAAUGCCCAGUGUAUUGCACCAAAUGAAUGCCGCUGUAAUAGUGGUUAUCAAGCAGAUCCAGCUAGCGGUGAAUGUUUGCCCAUAUGUAAUAAGUGUCCCGAUAAUUCGAAAUGUACCCAACCCGAUCAGUGUACAUGUAAUGCGGGAUAUUUAGAUAAUGGUGAGGGCGAAUGUAAGCCAAUAUGCAGUAAGGCAUGUCCUGAAUUCGCUGAAUGUACACAACCGGAGAAUUGUACUUGUCUGGAGGGUUUACAAAAUGAAUGAGGGUAAAUGUGAGGCCAUAUGUGAGCAGGAAUGUCCUGAAAAUUCCCUUUGUACUAAACCCAAUGAAU